UAAUUUCUUGUAGUUCUUAUAAAAACCUUGAUGUAAAACAUGGAUAAAUUAAGAAUUUAUUAAUAUGGCUAAGAACAAUUUUUGCAAGUUGGGUCACCUUCAUGGUGUAUUGUAGUAUGUAUUUUUGCAGUUGUCUUUUGUAGCAUUGAUUUUUAGCUCAAUUCAGGUUGUGUCAUACUAGGCUCUGUGGCAGCCAUGACUUGUUUAAAACGGCAUCAUUAGUCUGCCAGUUUUCUUGACUCGAUCUCUUAAUGAGAUUAAGUAGUGUCCGUUGGGAGUAGGAAGAGAAGUAGAGAGCAAGAAAUCACAGCAAAUGUCAUGGCUUGUGAAGACCAGCAAGUGCUGACCAACAACCAUACAGAGAAUAGUGAGCAUGACUCUGAGGAAGAGUCUAGACAUGAGGACCAGCUUGCUUUAGAAGAACCAUCUGAUGAUGUGAGGCUGGGUCCUAACAGUGUUGACAUGACAGAGGAGGAAUUGGAGGCUGCUUUCUCUCGGCUGUCUCUGGCCUUUCGCUGUGACCAGUACACGCUGUGUCAGCGGCUGGAGACAGAGGAACACGCUCGGGACAAUGCCGAGGACAACCUCAGACUGGAAGUGGAAAGAGGCAAGGAAGUGCUUGAGACACUCAAGGGAAUGUGCUUAGAUAUUAAACGUGCCGGGCUUCUCCAGCGUCUUGAGUUGUGCCUUAACAUCAUUAAGGGCACCAUCGGAAGAAUCUCCAACACAUCAGAGGUUCUUGGAGCUGUGCAUCAGGAGGCUAAAGUGAGCCGUGCAGUGGAACUGAUGGUGGCUCAUGUGGAGAAACUGAAGCGGCGUCAUGAGAGGAACAGCGCUGAACUAGAGGAGAUGAAGAAACAGAUGGAGAAAAGCAGCAGAGAGCGAUAUGUCUACGAGCAGUGGGAGGAAACUGACACUAUUGAAAAGCUGGAGAAAGAUUUACAAAAGCCACAGUUACGACGUAGAAUCAGUACAAACAUCAUUGCAAAGCAAAUCCAGAGGCAAAAAACGAAGGAGUCAGAAGCUAUAUCAUCGUCAUUGACCAAUGAGAUUAGGGAAAAGAGAGAAUCAAAUACAAAGAAACCAGACCACACAGAUGACUGCCAAAUGAACAGAGGGCAAGUAGUACCUAAAGAUGACAGUCCCUCACAAACCGCCGCAGCUGAUGCUCCUGAGGAGACGUCCUCUGUGCAAAUUCAUCCCAACCAAACACUGAGACUUGAGCUGGACCCUGCCUUUGUUAAAAAAAACACAAAUUCACCGCCAGUGUUACCUCAUCAAAGACUGAGAAAGAAGGCGUCACUGGAGUAUAGUCAUACCUGGCUGAAGAAAUCUGAGCGCUACCUCAGAAACUGUGAUAGAUGCGUCAUUAACAUACAGCGCCCUCUUAGGCAGUGGAUGUAUCGCUGCCGCUGGAUUAUCCUUGUCAUUUACCUCACUGUUCUGUGCUCGAUCAUUAUAUUAGCCAUAUUAGUGUGGUUGCUGCAAACGCCCGUCUUAUGGAUGUGAAAUCUAUCCACCUUAUACUUUAAUGCGGAAGUAAGCCUAUGGGCGAGACUUUCGGUUCAUUAUCCACUAUAGGGAAAU